CCCUGCGUCACGCGCAGAUUCCGUUCCGUUCCUGAUAGUGCAAAACCAUCGGCCGGCUGCUCUGUCGAUAAGGUCGAGAGCGAUGGCUUCAUUCAAAGUACUCGGCAGCCUCAUAGUUGUUCUGUUGGUCGUUCUGGCGCUGAGCGGCCACGCUGAGGCCGGCUACCGGAAACCACCGUUCAACGGUAGCAUCUUUGGAAAACGCAGCGGAAACUCGGUUGACUACGAAGGAAACGCCAAGGUUCUCUCGACCAUGUGCGAAAUUGCGGCGGAAGCUUGCCAGAGUUGGUUCACCGGACAAGAACAGAAGUAACUUCCGCUGUCGAGUGUGUCCCACGUAGACUAACCAAUGACCAAAACCCGGGUGUGUGCUUGAGAAAUGUUGUGUGUCGCUAAACUCUGUGGACUUUUGAGGCAUCGUGCAAUAGAUUAACGAAAUGUUUGCAUGUAACGUUCUAUUCCGGAA